AUGAUCCACGUGGAUAAGGUGGAUAGUUUGUUGACUGAAAAAGUGAAAAUUUCAGCUUCAGGAUUGACACCAUUCUUGAACUAUAAGUUUGAGUUAAGGCUACACUCGUCAAAUGGAAUACUUCGCUCAUACUGUAUCCUAAAGUCUGAUGAUCAUGGAAAAAUUGACCUAACAUCUGCCAAGCCAAUCAGAGGGACUUAUCUAGAACCUGACCCAAUGGGACUAUUUAUGACUGUAGAAAGAACCGACGAUGUUUCAUAUGGGGAUAUGAUUAAGAAUUUCGAAGGAGAGCCGUUUUUCUAUUCUUUAAGAUUGCUCUCAGAAUCCGAAGAACUCCUAGACGAAGUCAAUCUCAAAAAGCGAUGGCAUCAUCCAUUGGUAGCUGAAAUCGAAGUAAAGCAAGGUGGAAUCUGGGGUGUUAUCUAUAAACCACCCGGUCCUGGACCCUUUCCAUGUAUUAUUGACACUCCGGUUUUGAGCGGAAGACUUUGUAAAACUCACGCACCGCUUUUUGCAUCGGAAGGAUUUUUGAGCUUUUGUUUCCCGAUGUUCGAUGAGCCUGGACUUCCGAAAACGCUCGAAGACGUUAAUAUUGAAUAUUUAUCAAAGCAUAUAAAAUACGUUCAAUCACUUCCCUACUGUUCCGACAAAAUCGGUCUUUAUGGAAUUUCAUUUGCGGGAACUAUUGCUCAUCAUUUGGCUACCAAGCACCCAGAGCUUAAAGCAGUGGCAACUACAAAUGGUCCAGGAGCGUUUUAUAGAGAGAAAGGGUAUAUAAGAGAAAAUGGGAGACCGAUAGAAUGCGAAACUUUGGAUUCGUCGUUGACAGUUACUGAAAAUGGAGUUGUCAAACAGAAAGCGAUAUUUUCUGAUCUAAUAGGAAGGUUGAGACCGGCAACUAGCAUCAAAUGGAAGAAAAUAUCGACAAAUAUUCCUUUCAGAGUAUUGUCCUCAAUAGACGAUUGGCUUGUUGAUGGUGUAACGAAUGGGACUUAUAUUCGAGACAAUCUUCUCAAAACAGGGCAUAAAGUGGAACAGACUAUUCAGAUUGAAUUCGUGAAUUCUGGUCACGUGAUGGUUAUUCCAUACAUCCCACAUCAUUAUUUUGGGUACAACAAAUUCUUAAAUGUCAAUUUGGCAUUUGGUGGAGACACAUGUACACAUGGAAAAGUGCAAGAAACUGCAUGGGAAAAGCAUAUCCAUUUUUUCAAGAAUCAUUUGGGUGCUACAAAAAAAUUGCCGGAUUAUGAAAGAGAGACAAGAAUUUCGAUUCCUGGAAUAGCUGGGAGCAAAUUGUAG